AAUUCUUUUGAGGAAUUCAGUUAUGGAAUAACAUCAGUAAAUGUUGACGAAAAAUAACGGAAAACAACUAGUGUAAAAUGGCAGAAAACAAGUUUGAGCAGAGGUGUGAGCACGAGUAUUGCACGAUGGGUGACACCAACCAAUAUGAAGUUCUGACCACUAAUUUGAAUUCCAUUGGAGAUUUUGAAGAGCAUAUAUGCAGAAAAGCACAGCGGAAGAAAACUUCGAAGAUUUGUGUGAAAUCACUUGUCAUCUUCGUCGUCCUUGUUUUAGUCAUCGUCUGUACAACGAUGACUGUGUUAUAUCUUCAGGAAAGAAGUAAAAACGCCUACAAGAUGAAUUUCGGUCCUAAAGGGGAAACAAAUAGUCAGAACAAGAAAACAGUGGUUUGCCUUAAUGAACCCUUUAAAGGAAUGAAUUAUACAACAGCAGGAAAAACAGGAAUUCAGGGACGCAAUUUUUUAGUCUGCUUUACUGGCAAUCACAUCGACGCAAGUAACACAACUAAGACCAUAUAUAUUUUAUCGAAUAGAGAUUUUGAAUUUCAAAUAAUUUCGAAGUUUUAUACACAACUAUUAAAGGAAGUUGUUACACCAACGAUAAAUAUGAAAGAAAUUAGCGUUACAAGUGCGAUUGCACUCUCGUAUUUCAAAAUCGAAGAAAAAGCACUAUUCAUCGAGACCAGUAAGGACGUCUCAGUUAUCAUUAUUGAUAAUUAUAUACGUACUUCUGAUAGCACUGUCAUUUUACCAAUGAAGUCGUUAUCUAAUUCAUAUGUUAUUUCUUCACCCAAAAUUUUCAACACUUCAAAAAGUUCACAUUUUGCAAUAACCACACCAGAGAACGGUACCAUAAUCAAAAUUUAUUUCCGCUUUUAUCCUGAUUUGCCGAAAAAGAUAGAUGGGGUAACUUACCGAAAUGGCAGUGAAUUUAUUAUCGUUUUAAAUGAGCUUCAAACCUAUCAAAUAAGGCACAAUGUUGACAUGUCAGGAACAUUGAUUAAAGCAAACUCGGCUAUCGCCGUUUUUUCUGGAAGUUACUGCCAUAAAGUACGUUUUGAAAACAGCACUGAUUUUGGAUAUUGCAGUAAGCUUGAUGAACAACUUCCACCAGUUGAUAGAUUGGAUAAAAUGUAUAUUGUUCCACCAAACUAUAACAGGAUGGGAACAAUCCUGAAAAUUGUGUCGCCUUUCCAAACUAGUCUAAGGUAUAAGGUUGGGAACGAACAAAAGAACAAAACACUUCAGCCGACUGAGCAUUUUGAAAUAACAUUUUCGGAUAAAGACAUUGUUGUGAUAGAUUCAGAGAAGGCGGUUUUGGUCACCAGUUAUGCCACUGGAUCUGACGACACGGGGGACCCUUAUAUGAUAACUGUACCAGGAAUUCGACAGUAUACAGAUAAAUAUCUGGUGAUGGUUCCUGAAAACUUCAGAGAAAAUUACGUCACUAUAAUAAUUGAGGAAAAAUCACUUAACAACUUGAUCUUAAACGAAACGAAAAUCAUCCAUUACUUGAAUGACAGAAAAUUCUAUACAACCGUGCCAUUUAGGAAAAUGAACUUUGUCGUGCUUGUUUUACAAUUAAACGGCGGUCUUUUAAGAGUUAAAUCGACAAAUAAUGCGGCGUUCGGGUUAAUCGUGUAUGGUCACAGAAAGAACGAUGGACACGGGUUUGCAGGAAAAGCAGUUUUGCCGGACGUAUGUGUUCCCUCUCAUGAUUAAUCCCUUUACUUUUUA